UGUCUCUCUCUCACAUUAUUUCAUCAAAAACAUUAAAAGUUACCUCCACCAGCAUGGCAUAUCUUUUCUCUUCUCAUUUCACACCAAUGGACACAUAAUUUUAUAUUGAUUUCACACUUGUUCAGUACAGCAACCGCCUCCCCGUUGUUGUCUUCUUCACUAAUCCACUAGUCCCCCCUUUCUUUAUAACGAAAAGUUAUUAUUAUUAUUAUAAGAAUUUGAGUAUAGAUGACAGGGUAAUUAAGCUAAGGUGGUUUGUUUCAUGAGUUUGCUGACCGACUCUUUAUUCGGCGGCGCUAAUCUUUUUCCCUUUUAUUACUGCUUCCAACUAUUAGAAAAGUUCUUUCGUUCCACUGUCGACUCCCUCCCAACUUGUAUAUGUUGUUUAUAUAUAAAUAAAACGGUCCCUUUAAGAAACUCAUAUUUGGAAUAUUAUUAAAUAGUCAUUUGUUCUUGUCAACCUUAAGUUACUUGAAAAUAUUCAUAUAUACAUACAUGUGUAAUAUUUAUCACAAGGUGGCGAAUUCAAGAGAUUUCAUAUCUAGUAGUAGUAGUAGCAGCAGGAAUGUGUUUGAAACGAUGUUUUGGGGGAAUAUUAAUAGGGAAGAAGAGAUGUCUGUCAUGGUUUCUGCAUUAACACAUGUUGUUGUUGGUCAAGAUCAUAGAGUGAUGAAUCCCCUGCAGGAACAGACUGAAAAAAUUGGUGCAGCUGAUCACAAUGAUAAUCUUUUUUCUUGGGGUGUUGGAGAGAAAAGGAGACGUGAAGAAGAGCAAAUGCAGCAGUUCUUACAUGGGAAUCAUUCUUCUCAUGAUAUGAGAUCAUCAGGUGAUGAAAGUACAAGCAUUAGGACAAUUACCAGCAGCACACCAACUACAGAAGCAACAUUUAUAUACACUACUUCAACACAUCAUGAUAAUCAAAAUAGCAGCAGCGAUCAAUCUAAUUAUAAUAAUAACCAACCGCGAAGACGAUACAGAGGAGUUCGACAGAGACCAUGGGGAAAAUGGGCAGCUGAAAUAAGAGAUCCAUAUAAAGCAACGCGCGUUUGGCUUGGUACUUUUGACACAGCUGAAGCAGCUGCUAGUGCUUAUGAUGAAGCGGCUCUUAGAUUCAGAGGUAGCAAAGCAAAACUCAAUUUUCCAGAAAAUGUGAGACUUUUGCCCUCUUCAAUUCAACAGCCUCCAAAUAAUACCCUUUACUCUGUAUCUUCCUCGCCCGAGCCAAUAGUUCACACUUCUUCUCAGCAUCGUUCCAAUUUUACCGGACAUCCAUCCAGGGACGAGGAUCCUAUAGUUCAUACCUCUUCUAUGUAUCGUUCCAAUUUCACUGGAUAUUCCUCCAGGGACGAGGAGCCAAUAGGUUACAUUUCUUCUCCAUAUCAUUCCAAUUUUAUUCAUCAUACCUCGAGGGACGAGCCGAUAAUUCACACUACAUAUGAUCACAGGGUGCAGCAGGGGGCUUAUUUUCCAUUGGUUCAUUUUUCAGGCAGGUAAUACUAGUCAGAGUACUAGUGGAAGUGAUUUUCAUCAAGCUGCCACUUUUAAUUGGUCAAAUUAUGAUCAUCCUUCUUCUUCAUCUGGAUAAUUUUGUAGUAUCUUCCUAGAAGAUUUGACUAGCUAGUACAUUUUGAUGUCAUUAUUUUUAAUGUAUUGGUGUACAAGAAUUGGCCACCUGGAUGAGGUCCUUGUCUACUUUUUUGGUUUUGUCAUGUUUGAAAAUUUUAUUUUGUGCCUCUACUAGAUUUGUGUGAGAUUUUCUGAUGUCUCACAAUUUAAUGGAUCUAAAGUUUAUGGA